ACGCUCGGGGCAGCGGCCCGUCACGGCGCGGGAGGAAGACGAUGAGCUGCCCGACUCCAUCGACGACCGGGAGAUCUUCGAUCUUAUUCGUUCAAUUAAUGAUCCAGAACAUCCCCUUACUUUGGAAGAGCUGAAUGUUGUUGAACAAGUUAGAGUUAAAGUGAAUGAUGCUGAAAGCACAGUAAUGGUGGAGUUUACUCCCACAAUUCCUCACUGCAGCAUGGCAACAUUAAUUGGUCUGUCAAUAAAAGUAAAGUUAAUCAGAUCACUACCUGAAAGGUUUAAGGUGGAUGUUCACAUAACACCAGGAACCCAUGCCUCUGAGCAUGCAGUUAAUAAACAACUUGCUGACAAAGAAAGAGUAGCAGCUGCUUUGGAGAAUUCACAUUUGCUGGAAGUGGUGAACCAGUGUUUGUCUGCACGAUCAUAGUUGCCUGAUGAAGAAAAGAUUUUCUGAUGUGUUAAGCUAAUUUUGUACAUAAAUAGUGUUUCUAGUAUUUAGUUGUAUAUGUUUCUGUGGGCAAAUAAAGCUACUAAAAUUUAGAUUUUUAAAAAA